AUGCAACGGCGGUUCUGUGCCUUCUACAGUUUAACUCCAGAAUGGGCCAGCAGCCGACACCAGAAACUUAAUCAACAUCCCUCUUUUUCCCACAAAUACAACCAUGUCUCCUACUGCUCCACCUGGCGCCUCUGGGCCUACAUAGUCCUGCUGUGCUUCCUCCUCUUCCCUGGUUCCUCUGUUGCUACCUUCCGGGUCGGGGUGGUUGGGCCGUGGUCUUGUGACCCCCUCUUCGCCAAGGCCUAUCCCAGCACAGCAGCACGACUAGCUGUGAGCCGUAUCAACCGGGACCCCUCCCUGUGGCCUGGUACCACUUUUGAUUAUGUCAUCUUGGAGGAGGACUGCCAGACAUCACAGGCUCUUUCCCGCUUCCUCGGUUACUACACAAGGGCGUCCGGCUUUAUCGGGCCGGUCAACCCAGGCUACUGUGAUGCAGCAUCCCUGUUGGGGAAAAGCUGGAAUAAAGCAGUAUUUAGCUGGUCAUGUUUUAGCUAUGAGCUGGUCAACCCUCGUAGUCACCCCACCUUUGCCCACGCCAUGCCCCUGCCCACGCUGGUGCUACUGCGUUUCAUGCGUCACUUCCGCUGGGCUCAUGUGGGCAUCGUUGCCUCGGGCGAUGACGUCUGGAUAGAGACUGCCCAUGAGCUGGCCAAUGCUUUGCGAAGCCACGGCAUGCCUGUGGGAAUAGUGGUGUCCACUGGGAAUGACUCAGUCAGCAUGCGUAAGGCCCUGGCCAAGGUCAAGAAAGCAGAGCACCUGCGCUUGGUCAUCCUCUGUAUGCACUCAGUCUUGGUGGGGGGCACGACUCAGAAGCUGCUCCUGGAGAUGGCACAUGACAUGCGGAUGGUGGAUGGCUCUCUGGUAUUUGUUCCGUAUGACACACUCCUCUACAGCCUGCCCCACCACCACCUGCCCCAGCCCACCCUGCGCAACAACAGCAAACUGCUGCAGGCCUAUGAUGCAGUGCUCACUAUCACUGUGGAGUCUCCAGAGCAGCACUCUUUCUUUCACGCCUUCGCUGAGGCACAGGAGAGUGGAGAACUGCCCGACAGCUUCCAGCCCCACCAGGUCUCUCCUCUGUUUGGCACCAUAUAUUCCUCCAUCCUGUUGAUGGCUCAUGCCAUGCGAGGUGUGCGGGCUGCAGGGAAGUGGAUGUCUGGGGGGAACUUGGCCCAGCAUGCCCGUAAUCUGACUUUCAAAGGCUUUAGCCACGCCAUCCGCACUACACAGUCUGGCUCAGGCCUGCUAGACUAUGUGGUGCUGGACACAGACGGAUUUACUUGGGAACUGAGGCCUUCCUACCGCAUAGAGAUGGAGACGGACAUGGUUCGCUUUCUAGGUCACUCCAUUCACUUCCCCGCAUGGGGUCCACCCAAGACUGACUCCAGCUGCUGGUUCACUGAUGGGAUCAUCUGUAGCGGAGGGAUGGAUGUUUACCAGCUGAUCGUCAUCUCCCUCAGUGUCUUUCUUCUGGUCAUCUCUUGCAUCGCCUCUGCUUACUUCAUAAGGCGACGAAUCAACCAGAUUCGUUUAAUUCGGGGCCCGGAUAAAAUCUUACUGACCCUGGAAGAUGUCACCUUCAUCAUCCCAUCAUUGAGUAACAAGAAGUUGAGUUUCGAUGACAGCAGAACCAGCGACACCAGGAAAAGCUUCUCCGAGCGCAGCAAGUCUACAUUGUCGAGUCAGUCACCGGUCACCCAUGAGAACACAAACGUCGCCGUCUAUGAGGGUGAUUGGGCUUGGCUGAAAAGACUUCCUGAUGGAAACUUUCGAAGCAUCAACCCCAGCACCAGUGACGUGUUUGAACUGAUGAAGGACAUGAGGCACGAGAAUGUGAAUCCUUUCAUGGGCUUCUUCCACGACUGUGGAGUCUUCGCUAUAGUGACGGAGUUCUGUUCCCGAGGUAGCCUGGAAGACCUGCUGCUGAAUGAUGACGUCAAACUGGACUGGAUGUUUAAGUCUUCACUCCUGCUGGACCUUAUUAAGGGUAUGAAAUACCUCCACCACAAGAAUGUAUGUCAUGGAAGGCUGAAGUCCCGGAACUGUGUGGUUGAUGGACGUUUUGUGCUCAAAGUGACCGACUAUGGUUACAAUGAAGUUCUGGAGGCCCAGAAGUUCCCGUAUGUUCGGCCACCAGCUGAGGAGCUGCUAUGGACCGCUCCUGAGAUCUUGAGAGGUUCAUUCCCAGGGCUGAGUGGCACCCUCCCAGGGGACGUGUACAGCUUCUCCAUUGUUAUGCAGGAAGUGGUGGUUCGCGGGCCUCCGUUCUGCAUGUUAGAGCAGAGCUCUGCUGAGGAAAUUAUCCUGAGGGUCAUGAAGCCUCCACCGUUAUGCCGGCCUGUUGUAUCUCUAGACCACGCUCCAGUGGAGUGCAUCCAGCUGAUGAAGCAGUGCUGGAACGAGCAGCCUGAGAGAAGACUCACCUUUGAAGAGAUUUUUGAUCAGUUCAAGAACAUAAACAAAGGGAAGAAAACUAACAUCAUAGACUCCAUGCUGCGGAUGCUGGAGCAGUACUCCUCUAACCUGGAGGAGCUGAUCAGAGAGAGGACAGAGGAGCUGGAGGUUGAAAAGCAGAAGACAGAGAAACUGCUGACACAGAUGCUGCCACCGUCAGUGGCUGAGGCUCUGAAGUUGGGCACCACAGUGGAACCAGAGUACUUUGACAGCGUUACAAUCUACUUCAGUGACAUUGUUGGUUUCACUACCAUUUCAGCCAACAGUGAGCCCAUCGAGGUGGUUGACCUUCUGAAUGACCUGUACACGCUUUUUGACGCUGUCAUCGGCAACCACGAUGUGUACAAGGUGGAGACCAUAGGUGAUGCCUACAUGGUGGCAUCAGGUUUACCCGUGCCCAAUGGGAACCGGCAUGCAGCUGAGAUUUCCAAUAUGGCUCUAGACAUCCUCAGUGCUGUGGGGACAUUUAAGAUGAGACACAUGCCUGAUGUCCCGGUCCGAAUACGAAUAGGAAUUCAUACAGGUCCUUGUGUUGCUGGUGUUGUGGGCUUGACAAUGCCACGGUACUGUCUGUUUGGAGACACAGUCAACACUGCCUCUAGAAUGGAGUCCACAGGGAUGCCCUACCGGAUCCAUGUUCACUCCAGUACAGUUAAGAUUCUGCUGCAGCUGAAAGUGGGGUAUAAGGUGCAGUUGAGAGGCAGGACUGAAAUGAAGGGCAAAGGCACAGAAGAGACCUACUGGCUCGUUGGGCGGGACAGCUUCACCAAACCUUUACCCAUUCCACCUGAACUCAAGUCAGGGCCUGAGCACAAGGACUUUAAGUUGAUGCUUCAGAAGGCUGUGAGGAAGAUCUCGGCUGUACGUCAGGUGGCCCAGCUCACUAUGGCAGAUGAAGGCAAUGUCAUGAUACACCAUCACUGA